GACUGGGAUUCCUCCUUGGUCAAAAAUGUGCGUCUCAAGAAACGUCAAAAAAGACGCUCAUCCAGAAACCACACAGACGGUCCUGCUGCUGGUGCCAAGAAGACCCGCUCAACUGGCCGCACCUCAGACAAGGGUAAUGAGUCCUUGGUGGCAAUGACCACGGUGACGGUGCCCUCUAAUGGAGGACCCAUUGAGGCCGUUUCUACAAUUGAAGCUGUACCCUACUGGACCCGCAGCAGGAGAAAGACAGCAGUACAGGACUGGGACACCGACUCCAUCCAGUCCAAUGAUUCGGUGUUCAAGCAACCGAACAGGCCAGAGAGGCUCAUUACCACCUGCACACAACCCAGCACUCCUACCAGCAAUGGAUGCCUGCGCCUGCAUGAGUUUGUCUCCAAAACGGUGAUCAAACCUGAGUCCUGUGUGCCCUGUGGGAAGAGGAUCAAGUUUGGGAAGAUCUCUCUGAAGUGCAGAGACUGCCGUGUGGUGUCCCACCCUGAAUGCCGUGAGCGCUGCCCGCUGCCAUGCAUACCAACCAUGACUGGCACCCCUGUGAAGAUUGGCGAGGGCACUCUGGCUGACUAUGUGUCCGGCUCUUCUCCCAUGAUCCCCUCGCUGGUGGUGCACUGUGUGAACGAGAUCGAGCAGCGUGGCCUGAACGAGGCUGGGCUGUACCGGCUGUCUGGAGCCGAGCGAACAGUCCGUGAGCUGAAGGAGAAGUUCCUGCGCGGGAAAGCUGUCCCACUGCUCAGCAAGGUGGACGAUAUUCACGCCAUCACAGGCCUUCUGAAGGACUUCCUGAGGAAGCUGCGGGAGCCACUGCUCACCUUCCGGCUCAACCGGACCUUCAUGGAUGCUGCAGAGGUGAGCGACGAGGACAACAGCAUUGCCCUGAUGUACCAGACCAUCAGUGACCUGCCUCAGCCCAACCGCGACACUCUGGCCUUCCUGCUCAUUCAUCUGCAGAGAGUUUCCCAGAGUUCUGAUACGAGGAUGAACGUCACUAAUCUGGCACGGGUGUUUGGACCCACAAUUGUGGGUCAUGCAGUGGCUGACCCUGACCCAAUGACAAUCCUCCAGGACACCAAACGCCAGCCAAAGGUGGUGGAGCGCCUGCUGGCUCUUCCGACUGAGUACUGGAGCCAGUACAUGAUGGCAGAGAAUGACCAGCUCCAUUCUGAUCACAUGGUCAUCGAGAACACAAACUGCUAUGCCACCCCAGACCACCACAAAGUGAGUAUGCUGGGACCCAUCACCACUCCAGAACACCAGAUAACCAAGACUCCAUCCUCCAGCUCCCUGUCCAGCCGAGUGAUGAACAAGAUUACUCCCAAGUUUGGAAGCAAGAGUAAAUCAGCAGUGGGCUUCAACCGGCAGGGAAAUUUCUUCGCCUCUCCACUCCUGAAGUAAACCAAGUGCGACUAUUCGAGCUUAACCUACAAUUGCUAGAUACUGGCUGCCAUUUUCAGGCAAUAGCUUUUAUAUUUACUAUCGCACGGCCCUAUGUAGUGCUUCAGCUUUGCUUCGCCUUUUGGUUUUAUUAUUGUUAUUUCUUCUUUCAAUGUAUCAAAGUAGAUUGUUAUUGUUUUUAUGUAUAUAGUAGGUUUUAUAUAUGUUUGGUCCUAGAACAUUUUGAAUCAACCAAAGGGAAGCCGCCAAUGAAGAACCAUCAUUAGUGUCCCAUACAGUGUCAGCCAGUCAAUCAAUCAUGGGUGUCUGUCAUCAAGAUACUCUAACAGGUUGACUGCUGCGCUAUGGUGCAUAGGGACAAUGGGAAAGGACAGUUAUUGGAUUUGUACAGAUGUGUUCUUGCAGGAUUGCUCUGUAUUUUUCGACACCUUUGGCCGUGUUGUAUUUGACAAGGUAAAUCUGUAUAGUCCAACCUCGAUUCUUUUGGCAUUUGAAGAACAUCCAAUGAUUUAUUUUUAUUUAAGUUUUAUAAGAAGAAAAAAAAAAGUAGUUCCUCAUUUUUACUUAUUUGCACCUAUUACAUGCCCUGUCUUUUUGCAUGUCCUUAUUUCUGUUGUGUUAUUUGUAAUGGUCCUUUAGUCACAGCUUUUUACCCAGUCUCUUUAAGGUUAAUGUAAUUUCAUUUCAGACCACCAUUUCAACUCAAUUUAAAAAAAUGCAAAUAUCAAUUUUGUUACGCAAAUGUCUGUGGAAAAAGCACUUCUCCAACAUCAGAAUGAAUGAUUGUUUAUUUCUGAACAUGCAUCUCCUGCUGCUUGACUUGUGAAGUAUUCUGGAUCAAGUCUUGAAUUGUACAAUUUUAUGUUCACUAUGCAAAGUCAACCAUAUUUAAAUACACUUGGACUUAAUGUGA